AUGGGCGCUCUGGAGGAGGUGGAGCACCACUCCCUCAACAGAAUGAGAGUGGUCACCCUGGUCACCAAAAUCCUAAGGGUCGUUAACCCCGUCACAUUUGCUCACGAGCUGGUCGUGUUCCUCACCCAGUAUCUGGCUGGGCAGUCAGCUCCCGGAGGGGCCCUGGCCUGCCCCGCACUCCUGAGUCGCCUCUUCGUGGUUCUCAGCUGCACGGGAAGACCCACCACCACCGUGACCAGGCCCUCACCUCCAACCUCUGGCAAAUGCAGCACCCACUUUAGUGCUGGCUGCGAGGAGCUGUGCCCGCCUGGAAGCCACGGGGCUCACUGUGAGCUGCGCUGCCCCUGCCAGAAUGGGGGCACCUGCCACCACAUCACUGGCGAGUGUGCCUGCCCCCCAGGCUGGACGGGAGCAGUGUGUGCCCAGCCCUGCCCACCAGGGACGUUUGGCCAGAACUGCAGCCAGAACUGUCCUUGCCACCACGGAGGGCAAUGUGACCACGUGACUGGGCAGUGCCACUGCACUGCUGGAUACAUGGGGGACAGGUGCCAAGAGGAGUGUCCCUUUGGGACCUUCGGCUUCCAGUGCUCCCAGCGCUGUGACUGCCACAACGGGGGCCAGUGUUCGCCCACCAGCGGCGCCUGUGAGUGUGAGCCUGGCUACAAAGGCCCCCGCUGCCAGGAGCGGCUGUGCCCCGAGGGCCUGCACGGCCCAGGCUGCACCUUGCCCUGCCCCUGUGACGCCGACAACACCAUCAGCUGCCACCCAGUAACUGGAGCUUGCACCUGCCAGCCGGGAUGGUCUGGCCACCGCUGCAAUGAGUCCUGCCCUGCUGGCUACUAUGGCGAUGGCUGCCAGCUGCCUUGCACCUGUCGGAACGGCGCCGACUGCCACAGCAUCACUGGGAGCUGCGCUUGUGCCCCGGGCUUCAUGGGGGAGAUCUGUGCAGUCCCCUGUGCGGCAGGGACCUACGGCCCCAACUGCUCGUCUGUCUGUAGCUGCACCAACGGCGGCACCUGCUCCCCGGUGGAUGGUUCCUGCGCCUGCAAGGAGGGGUGGCAGGGUCUCGACUGCGCCCUAGCCGUGCCCCACGCGGGACGUGGGUGCAGCCCCGCCGACGGCUCCUGCGCCUGCGCCCCCGGCUGGCUGGGGGACACCUGCGAGCUGCCCUGCCCGGAUGGCACGUUUGGGCUGAACUGCAGUGAGCGCUGUGACUGCAGCCAUGCUGAUGGCUGUGACCCCAUCACGGGCCACUGCUGCUGCCUGGCUGGGUGGACAGGCAUCCACUGCGAUAGCACGUGUCCACCGGGUCGCUGGGGCCCCAACUGCUCCGUGUCCUGCAGCUGCGAGAACGGCGGCUCCUGCUCUCCAGAGGACGGGAGCUGCGAGUGUGCCCCGGGCUUCCGAGGACCCUUAUGCCAGAGAAUCUGCGCCCCUGGGUUCUACGGCCACGGCUGCGCCCAGCCGUGCCCCCUCUGCGUGCACAGCAGCGGGCCGUGCCAUCACAUCAGUGGCGCGUGUGAGUGCCUCCCUGGAUUCUCUGGAGCUCUCUGCAACCAAGUGUGUGCUGGAGGGCACUUUGGGCAGGACUGUGCCCAGCUCUGCUCCUGUGCCAACAACGGGACCUGCAGCCCCAUCGAUGGCUCCUGCCAGUGCUUCCCCGGGUGGAUUGGCAAGGACUGCUCACAGGCUUGCCCACCUGGGUUCUGGGGCCCCGCCUGCUUCCACACAUGCAGCUGCCACAACGGGGCGAGCUGUAGCGCCGAGGAUGGGGCCUGCCACUGCACCCCUGGUUGGACCGGACUCUUCUGCACGCAGCGCUGCCCAGCAGCGUUUUAUGGGAAGGACUGUGGGCGCGUGUGCCAGUGUCAGAACGGCGCCAGCUGUGACCACAUCAGCGGCAAGUGCACCUGCCGCACGGGCUUCACCGGGCGACACUGUGAGCAGAGAUGUGCCCCAGGAACCUUUGGCUACGGGUGUCAGCAGCUAUGUGAGUGCAUGAACAAUGCCACCUGUGACCACGUUACGGGCACCUGCUACUGCAGCUCUGGAUUCAAAGGGAUCAGAUGUGACCAAGCUGCCCUCAUGAUGGAGGAGCUGAAUCCCUACACCAAGAUCAGCCCAGCGCUGGGUGCGGAGCGGCACUCGGUGGGUGCCGUCACGGGCAUCGUCCUCCUGCUGGUCCUCAUUGUGGUGUUGCUGGGCCUGUUCGCCUGGCGCCGGUGGCGCCAAAAAGAGAAGGGCCGAGACCUGGCUCCCCGCGUCUCCUACACACCUGCCAUGAGGAUGACCAGCACUGACUACUCCCUCUCAGAUUUGUCUCAAAGUAGCAGCCACGCCCAGUGCUUUUCCAAUUCCAGCUACCACGCACUGGCGUGCGGGGGGCCUGCCACCAGCCAGGCCAGCACUCUGGACAGGAACAGCCCCACCAAGCUCAGUAACAAGUCCCUUGACAGAGACAUGGCAGGCUGGACCCCCUACAGCUAUGUGAACGUGUUAGACUCCCAUUUCCAGAUCAGUGCCCUGGAAGCCAGGUACCCGCCCGAGGACUUCUACAUUGAACUUAGGCACUUCAGCCACCCCGCUGAGCUACACUCACCAGGUGCUUGUGGAAUGGAUAGACGUCAGAACACAUACAUUAUGGACAAAGGCUUCAAAGAUUACAUGAAAGAGUCCGUCUGCAGCUCUAGCACUUGUUCCCUGAAUAGCAGUGAAAACCCUUACGCCACAAUUAAGGACCCACCCAUCCUCACCUGCAAGCUUCCAGAAAGCAGCUACGUAGAAAUGAAGUCGCCUGUGCACAGGGGGUCUCCAUACACAGAUGUGCCAUCCUUGUCGACAUCUAAUAAAAAUAUAUAUGAAGUUGGUAGGUGUCUCAAAUAAGUAACUUAGUGAAAUCAGGGCACUAGUGCAACAUCUGAGAUAAAAACAAGCCCCCUUUAGUCCCCCUCUUUUGAAUACACUCUUCUUUUGUUGCUUUUUAAGGAAUCCAGGGUAAACUGUCUUUCCCAGGACUGCCCUCCUCUCUCAUAUAAGAAUCAAAUUCUUGUGCUAACUCCACUUUAAAAAAACACUAGGACUAGUAAGAAGCAGAAAUACUGGGGAUGGGGAGUCAGGACACAUACACUCCAAUCGGUUGUUGUGUAUCAAUUCCUAUUUAAAAAAGAAAACAAUCAGAACAGACAUUUACAAGUGUCUAAAUCACCUACUUUCUCCCAGUUUAACCCAGGUCCCCGGGCUCACUGCUAAGACCCCAACCUCUAGGAUGUUCUAAGGCCCUUGGUUUUGACCAGAGCUUGGGAUUCUGAUAGCACACUCACUUAGGUUUUCCAUCUCUUGAACAAGCUUCAGUCCUAACCCUCAUACAUUUAUCAUAGAAUUAUAAAUCCCUCCUCUUCCCCCACCAAGUUAAAUAGAACUCUCUUGCCCCCAACAAGGCAACGAAAGCUAAUCUGUUCUCUGAACUCAUUUUUCACUAUAUUCCUUAGAGCCCACAGUCAGUGUGGUCCAAGAAGGCCGUGGUUGUAACUCCAGCUUUAUCCAGAAUCCAUACGACCUACCUAGGAACAGCCAUAUUCCUGGUCACUAUGACCUCCUCCCAGUAAGACAGAGCCCUGCCAAAGGGCCCUCCCAGGACAAGCAGUCUUAAGAGGGAUAAGCCUCUCUCUUGCAAUGUGCUCUGCUGAAUAUUCUCAGACUCUGAAAGAAGACAAUCCCUUGACUUGAAAUAACGGUACAGACUGACUCCAGCUGCGUGUUAGUUGUAACGUUCACCUGGAACUAAAGAAGAGCUUCCAAGUGGGACUGGGGUAAUUGUUCAAAAAGUACACUCACAAAGGC